CCAGCCGCUUGUUUGGCUGCUGCCGUCACCUCAUGGCGACUCCGGUUGAGGAGGCAGCGCGGGGAAGAGACGGCGGUACUGAGGAGGCUGUUGAGGGCGAACGGGAAGAGCGGCCACGCAGUCCCAGGCAGAAGUUUGAGAUUGGUACAAUGGAAGAAGCUGGAAUUUGUGGGUUAGGAGUGAAAGCAGACAUGUUGUGUAACUCUCAAGCAAAUGAUAUUCUUCAACACGAAGAGUCCAGUUGUGGUGGCACAACUAAGACACAUUCACUGGAAGGAGAUGAAGGCAGUGACUUUAUAACAAAGAACAGGAAUUUGGUGAGCUCAGCAUUCUGUGCACAGGAAUCAAGAGAAGAAAUUCCUGGACAAGAAGCUCGAACAGGUCCUCCUGAUGGUCAGCAAGAUUCAGAGUGCAGCAAAAACAAAGAGAAGACCUUAGGAAAAGAAGUUUUAUUGCUGAUGCAAGCACUAAACACCCUUUCAACCCCAGAGGAGAAGUUGGCAGCUCUUUGUAAGAAAUAUGCUGAUCUCCUGGAGGAGAGCAGAAAUGUUCAGAAACAAAUGAAGAUUAUGCAGAAGAAGCAAGCCCAGAUCGUGAAAGAGAAAGUUCACCUGCAGAGUGAACACAGCAAGGCCAUCUUGGCAAGAAGCAAACUGGAGUCUCUUUGCAGGGAACUUCAGCGUCACAAUAAGACCUUAAAGGAGGAAAAUAUGCAGCAGGCAAGAGAGGAAGAAGAGCGACGUAAAGAAGCAACAGCACAUUUCCAGAUUACUCUAAAUGAAAUACAAGCCCAGCUGGAACAGCAUGACAUACAUAAUGCCAAACUCCGACAGGAGAACAUCGAACUGGGAGAGAAGCUGAAGAAGCUCAUUGAGCAGUAUGCAUUGAGGGAAGAGCACAUUGAUAAAGUAUUCAAACACAAGGAAUUGCAACAACAGCUUGUGGAUGCCAAACUUCAGCAAACGACACAGCUGAUAAAAGAAGCUGAUGAAAAACAUCAAAGAGAAAGAGAGUUUUUACUAAAAGAAGCAACAGAAUCCAGGCACAAAUAUGAACAAAUGAAACAGCAAGAAGUACAACUAAAACAGCAGCUUUCUCUUUAUAUGGAUAAAUUUGAAGAAUUCCAGACUACCAUGGCAAAAAGCAAUGAACUUUUUACAACCUUCAGGCAGGAAAUGGAAAAGAUGACAAAGAAAAUUAAAAAACUGGAAAAAGAGACAAUGGUAUGGCGCACCAAAUGGGAAAACAAUAAUAAAGCACUUCUCCAGAUGGCUGAAGAGAAAACUGUCCGUGAUAAAGAGUACAAGGCCUUUCAAAUAAAACUGGAACGGUUAGAGAAGCUGUGCAGGGCUCUUCAGACAGAGAGAAAUGAGCUCAACGAGAAGGUCGAAGUCCUGAAAGAGCAGGUCUCUAUCAAAGCAGCAGAUGGGGACUUGGUGGCACCUGCGAUGCAGCCCUGUGCUACCCUGGAUUCAUUCAAGGAGAUGAACACUUCAAGAAGAGCCCUGGGAAUGCACUUGGAGGCUAGGGCCAAAGCCAAGUCAGUGAGUGAGAGAAGAAGUGCUGCACAAAAGCCCUCAUCUUCAGGUUCUGCGCAAGGCAUUGAGUCAGUUGACUAGGGUGAAAUGUGAUCACUGUAUUGAGAGAUAUAUUUUGUGUAUAACUUCCUCUGUUAGUAGUAACUAUUGGUUUUGUGGUGAAAAUUUUCUUACUUUUUCUACCAUAUCUGUAUUUUCUUAGAACUACUGGACUUAUGUGGUACAGGAGGCUGCUUAGCAGUUUGGAAUAGUUUUAAUCUAUAAAUUUCCUUCACCUAUGUUGCACAUCUGCCUCAUUUUCCCCUUUGUUGGAGUGCAUGUUUUCAUUGCUUUGUCCUCUCUCUUUCUGCUCCUUGCACCUAAUUUUCCCAACUAAAAUAUCAUUCAAGACAGGGCCAUUAAAGGAACUAUGUUCUCAUGAUGGUUCCUUGAUGUGAAAACAAUUUUAAUUUAAGCAUUUUGGCCCCUUAAUACAAAGGAAAAUACCAAGAUGAUUACCUUUGCUUAAUAGCCUAUUUAAAGGGGGAACAUGUAAAAAACAAGCUUAGCAUUUUUCAUUCAAAUUAGCUUUUCUUGAUUUACUUGACAAAUUGAGAUGACCACAUAACCUUGAAGUUCUGACAGAACAUAUAUAAAGAUGUUACUUGUGAACAAAAUAGGCAAAGUAUUGAAUGAACAGACAAUGUUUCUGUGACUAAAAGUAGUCAUAUUGUGCUGAUUUGGGGAUAGAAUGUACCACAUGUGAAAUUAAUUUGGACUGCCUGAUGAUUACUGUAGUAGAUGGUGGUGGUUUAUGUACAUGUUCUCCAUUUCCCACAAAAAGCUUAUUCUUUGAAAACUGCUCUUCCUUGCAGUGCUUUCUGAGUUUAGAACAAGAAUAAAUUCCUAUUAAGCUUUUUUUCAGUCCCUACAAGUUCCAUCAGCAAAGCACUUUGUUUCCAGAAAGAAAAUUUAAAUUACGAAUCAGCACUAACUAAAACAUUUAGUUUCCAAAGUAAAAAAACACUGGAACCAGCAUUUUUUUUUUAUCUUGGGAAGACUUUGGCAGAUUGUUUACAUAGUCAAAAUGAACUCUAACUUAUAUAAGCUUUCUGGUUCAUUUCUCUUUUCUUAGAUGUUGUCAUUUAAAACAAACCAGUAUUAAUGUUUCUAUACUUUAAAUUGGGGAAUUUCAAAACUAAGCAAAACAUGUCUUAGUUCUUUUUGUUUUCUCAGUGUUGAAUGUGGCUCAGCCAUGCAAACUACUAGAAGGUCUUUAUUAUUUUGGUAUAAUUUGCAAUGAAAUGCUUUAUAAAGUAAUUUUUCAAAAGGUUCAAGUAACACACACCACAUUCUAUUCAGCAAAUCUUUCAGACUGACACUUGUUGAAUUGCUUACUGGACUGAAUAAACUCCAUUUCUCUUUGCUAAAAGUUUUAUCUGUAAACUCCUGUGACAUUCAUGGUCUGAACUGGAUUCAAAGAAUUUGAAAACUGUCCAAAAAUAGAAAACAGUCCCAGGAAUAGAGUAUCUUUUUAAAACUAUUCCACAUUGGUCAUGUAAUCAAGGGGUCAGACAGUAGAAGAAAUUCAUAAAGUUGAUUAUUAUUGUCAGUUCAUCAGAAACAAGAACAAUCCCUUCCAAUAGCCUCAUAAAUAUUCUCCCACCUUCAGCUAGUAGAAAUACUGGAUCAUUUCCCCUGAAGGUAUAUCAGAAAUAUAAUCUACUUUGAAAUUAUUGCUAAUGAUCACAUUUCAUAAGUCUGCUGGAUACACAGCUCUUAACAUUUUAUUAAGCCACGUGUGUAGCCUGCCACAUUUUUUGUGGUGCUUGUCCUGUGUGGAAGACUGUAAAUCUUGAACCUGUUGCAUAUUUUCAAGGGCUUUAUAAAGCAAUGUGACUAACAGUCCUGGCCUGCUGCUUUUGGCUUACGUGCAUUUUUAGCUAGAUGUUUGGAGGACAGGGAUUCUGUCUGGUAAUGUAUUCAGAAUCUUUCCUCCUCCCAUUCCUCUGUGUAUAAAAACAAAUGGGACCUCAGAGAAGGAUACCCUCCCUUAAAGUGAUCACCUCACCAGCCCAGUGUUGUGGCUUUGUAGCACGCCCUGUAUCUACCAUAAUCUAGAACACUGUAAUGCUACUAGGCUGGCCCAGAAAAGGUUUAAAUGUUGAAUUCACUUACUGCAUUUGGUGCACUACCAUGCAAUCUUGAUGUAUAUUUAUAGUGGCAAUAGACCCCAAAAUGUAGCGAAAACUUGGGUCUUGGGUAUCAGGCCAUUUCAUCCUCAGACUUGUAGAAGUACAUUUCCUGGUCUUGAGACCAAUAUUUUUUAGUUAUGUAUGCAACUGCCUUUAUUACACACCUGGUUAUCACAAUUCAAUUCUCAGGUGUUGCAGAAAAAUCUACCUCUUUCAGACUGUAGAUGGAAAUAACUGUGAAAAAAUGAUGCAGAUAUCUUCUAGUUUGUGCUAAACACACUGCUUUAUUUUUACAGCCCACGUCUUUCAUGAGGAUAUGAAUUGUUAAGAGGCAGUCUUGUUUUGCUUUUCAAAUACAUUUUGUAGAGAUUUUUCACUAACGUGAAUCUGAUUUUAUCUACUCGAUUCUGUAUAGAUUAAGUAAAUAUGUAUGAUGA